AAAAAUAGGACCACACAAUUAAGCCUAACCCAAAAGUUGGAGCAAUGGAAAAGCAAAAUACUUAACCUCUCCAGGUUCCGUUCACUUCAGUGUCAAUUGAAAGCCUCGCUCUUGAAGGGGGCAAAUCUGAUUCAAUGUUCCUUUCCCCAACUCAACAAAGAAAACGAAAAGAAAACAACUUCCCGCUAAAUUAUGUUACUACGGCUCCCGUUUCAUCUUCUUCACAGUCACGACCACCGUCGACCUUUGCUUCCAAACACCAUAGCACCCAAACGCUUCAACUCACAUAUCUUUUCUCAUCCUCAGUCCCUACCUCGAACCGUUCCCAUUUUACGGGCCAGUUUGAGCCCGCCGUCUUCCUUUUCGGAGGAUGAGCCGGACGUUGAGCUGGGACGUUUGCUGGCUUUGUUGCCGGAAGAGAUGCGGAGACGCGUGAGUGAGCAUCCGGAGUUGCGGCUGUUGAUUGAAGUAGUUAUGGAUUUGGGUCGGAAACCGUUGGCUAGGUUUCCCUCUGGUGAUUUUGUUAUAUCCGAGUAUCCAAUUACGGUUCAGGAUAUUGAGCACGCCACUGCUCAGGUUGGUGACUUUGCUGUUGAUAAUCGAGCAGGAAUCAGUAGGACAUUGCAUCGGAUCAGUGCUAUUAGAAAUCGCAAGAGCGCAAUUAUUGGUCUUACUUGUCGUGUUGGUAGGGCUAUUUCAGGAAGUGCUACGUUGUUGCAAGAUUUGGUUCAAGAUGGGGCUUCUUUGUUGCUCAUCGGGCCUCCAGGUGUAGGCAAAACUACAAUCAUUAGGGAAAUAGCUCGGAUGCUGGCAAAUGAUUAUAAGAAGCGUGUGAUGAUUGUUGACACCUCCAAUGAGAUUGGGGGUGAUGGUGAUAUACCUCAUGCGGGAAUAGGCAGUGCUCGACGCAUGCAAGUUCCCAACUCUGAUAUUCAACAUAAGGUAUUGAUAGAGGCAGUUGAAAACCACAUGCCACAAGUGAUUGUUAUUGAUGAAAUUGGUACAAAACUUGAAGCAAUGGCUGCAAGUACAAUUGCACAGCGUGGGAUCCAGCUUGUCGCCACCGCUCAUGGAAUCACAAUAGAGAAUCUAAUAAUGAAUCCUUCCUUAGAGAUGCUUGUCGGAGGAAUACAGAGCGUGACACUCGGGGAUGAAGAGGCUAGCCGUAGAGGCGUUCAGAAGACAGUACUGGAGAGGAAAGGCCCAUCAACGUUUAGUUGCGCAGUAGAGAUUAUUUCAAAGACACAGUUGCGCAUUCACCGUAGCCUUGAAGCAACUGUAGAUGCUAUUCUUUCGGGUCGUUUUCCAAAUGUGGAAGUGCGCAAGAUGAAGUCUCAAGAGCAGGAAGAGAUUUUACAAAAGGGACCUGUUUUUGACAGCACUCUCGAAAAUGCUAGCGAAAUUAUGCUUGAUGAUGCUCUAGAAAGGGCUGAUGUCCAAACCCGGCAAAAAGAAUCACCUUUGAUGUUGCCUAUUAACAUGGUAGAGGAUUCCUCUGAGCACAAAUUGCCACUUCGCCUAUUUUGUUAUGGGAUUUUAGAGGCAACUGUUAUUCAAGCAAUUAAACAGUUGAAAAUGAAUGUUGCGGCCCUUCAAUUGACUGAUAACAUUAGUGAGGCGAAUGCUUUACUUUCCUUGCAAUCAAAGCUUAAGAAGAAUUCCAGGAUCCAAGCUGCCUUUAAAUCUCAUGAUAUUCCCAUUUAUGUGACAAAGACAAGUUCGUUGGAGCAUGUAACAAAAGCCAUACGAGCAUUGCUAAGUGAUUAUGAAGAUGGUUUAAUUGUUUUUGGAUCAAUUGAUAAGAUAAAAGAUUCGGAGAAGGCUGAUGCUUUGGAGAAAUUGAUUCAGUGACAAAAUCAUUGUACCACGGUAUCUUUUCUCGCUCUUUUAGCUUCAUACCUUGAGUGGGAGUUUUGUACCUGGAAAUAUAGCAGAUAUAUAAGUCAAGCAUGCUUUGGAGGUAAUAUAGACUAUUCCUUUUGGUUUUUGAUUACACAAAUCCAUGCUUAAAAUCGCUAAGCAUCUGAGAAAUACGUGGCCAAGUCUUAAAUUUAGCUCUAUACAUAUGGAAAUAGAUUCAGUAACAAAUCAUUUUGGAUGUUUGGUAUUCUGAAUGGUAUGAGGGUACCUCGAGCUAAACAGUAAACAUUUAUCUGAGGGAUAAAAUCAGUAGUUUUCUGGUUGGGAUACUAGAAUAAUGGUGGCAACUGGCAAGGAUCGUAUUGCUGACUGCUGAGUUACACUCAGCAGUUAACUGAGUAUAGGUGACUUUAAUUUGACAAUAGAGUAGCAAAAAUUGACUGAGAUGGCAGAUGCAACAGGCUUAAUGUAAUUGUGGUAAAGCAGUGAUCGAGACGAUGACAAGGGUAGCAGUGACUAAGAUUGGUUCCCCCUGCUUGUGAGUUUGGAAGGGAGGAAAAGAGAGGGCUUUGAGGGGAAGGAAAGAUAGAGAAAUAGAGAUAAAUCUUUUAACUUUUUAGAGAGUGAUUUGAUAUAGAAUGAUAAGAGAAUGCUUAUGAUUAAUAUGUUUCUAACAAGAUGAAAAGGAUUUGAAAAAUUUACUAAAACCUCCAAAAUCCUCCUCCAAUAUAUUUUGAGUCCCUCAAAAAAUGAGGAUUUUGUAUUUUAAAGAAAAUAAAAUUCCUCAAAGUCCCUCCUCCUAAAUCUCUUAUUCUCUUCCAUUUUCUCUUGGACUGUCAAACAUAGCCUAAGUUGAGUUGGGUGCCAUCUCUGCUAUGGUGGUAACAACGAAGGUAAAUGGCCGCACC